AAAAGCAAAACAGAGUCUUCUUCGUUUUCCCUCCCCUCUAAUCGGAGCCGUCAGGCGAGGGCCUAAGCUUCGUCUUCCUUUUCUCUCAUAAGCAAAUUUAAAAAAUAUAUAUAUAUAUUUAAAUAAUUUGAUUUGAAGGUUGACUGUGACUGAUGACGGACACUCAGCUUCCAAGAGGAGAGUUUGCUUCAAAAGCUCUUAGCCACAGUUACACAGUGUUUGCUCGUGAUUAGUGGAGGUAGUCUCUUUUUCAAACAUGUAUGCACCUGAGCAUCUGAUAGUCAAUGUCAAAGAUGCUGAAAAAUGGGAAUGCUUCGUUGAGAAUGCAGGUUCAGUGUUCUUAGGGCCAUGGACACCUGAAAGUGUGAGAGAUUAUGCAAGUGGGACAAACCAUGUACUUCCAACAUAUGGAUACGCACAUAUGUAUGGUGGGUUGUCUCUUGAUUCCUUCCUCAAGUUCAUGACAGUACAAUCCUUGACAGAGGAAGGUCUGAAAAAGCUUGGUCCAUAUGUUGCAGCCAUGGCGGAAGUAGAAGGCUUGGAAGCCCACAAGAGAGCGGCAACUCUUAGAUUAAAAGACAUUGAAGCCAGGCAAGUUACCAAUAUAAGUUAGUCUCCUUUUGUUUGUGUCUGUUUUCUGAUUUUUUGCAGAACAGUCUCUCAUGUUUUCUCACUUGUAUGAGACAUUUGUGUUAUUGCUAUUAGUGUUGGAAUUUUGUUUGUUGUAAAAUGAUAUCGAUCUCAAAAUAUCAAUGCCUGAUCAAUAAAAUCUUUUAGAGUCGAGUUUA